GAUCGGCGCCGAAUUCAGUCUUCUCUCUCUGUUUAUCUUCUUUAUUUCUUUCCCGUGUAUUUUUUAUUUAUUCAUUUAUUUUUUUGGCUAUUCUUUAUAACAGCGACCACGACUAAGUGUGUUCGUAAGUGUAUUUAGAAAAAAAAAAAAAAGAAAAAAAAAAAGAGAGAGAGAGAAUUCAGUGAGGAGCUGAAUUUGCUUCCUUGACACGGAAGACAGACUCUCUGUUCCACCGCCAUGUGAACGAACAUGAAGAAGGAGAAGUAGGAGGAGAAGAAGGAGUUGUGGUCGUCGGUCGUCGGUCAUCGGUCGUAAUCAACUUGGCGGCAAAGAAAAGAAUCAGUGGAAGAUUGCUUGCUUUUACAGACUUUGUGAGCGUUUGUAGUUUCUCAACAAGAGACUGUUUAUGUGGUUGAAAAUCUGGUAAUAAAUAUACAUUCGAUCAAGUUGGCGCUAGAAAGUCAAUUAUCAGUUGUCACAUAUUUGGGAAAUGAUGGCCAGUAAGGUGACUGAUAAAAUCCGAGUAGUUAAAUGUCCGAAAUGUCGGUUGCUUCUUUUUGAAUUGCCGGAUCUUGAUGUAUACCAGUGCGGUGGAUGUCACACGAUUCUCCAAGCAAAAAAACGUGUAAAUGGUGCCAAAACCAUAAGAUCUGGUUUACAUGACACAGAGGCUGUGGAGACAGACAAACGGGAUGACGUUUCUGAAUGUAAAGAACACAGCAGCUCACCCAGCAGCACAAGUAGCAAGGAAAUUCUUCCCAACUCGGGAGAAUCCCCUUCAUACCAAAUCAAUGGGCAGGAUCAAAGAUCAUCUGGGGAUUUUGAUAGUGAGCAUCUUGGAGGUGUAGAAUCAUCGAAAGAAGACCAAAAAGAUAGGAGUGAACAAAAUGAUUGCUUGGAUUGCAAUAUUGAACAAUCUGAAGUCUCCAACAAAGUUUGUUCAUCAAUUGAGGUUUAUGAGAAUGACUUGUCUGACAAUGAGAUUGAGAACUUGGCUGAUAAUAAGAAUGAAGACUUGGAUGACCAUGGGAUAGAGGAGUUGGCUGAUAAUGACAAUGUGGAUUUGGCUGAUAACGGAAUCGGAGACUUGGCUGAUAAUGAGAACAAGGACUUAGCAGAUAAUGAGGAUGAAGACUUAGCUCAUAAUGAGUUUAAGAAUGAGGAUUUGGCUGAAAAUGAAAUUGGGGACUUGGCUGAUAAUGAGCAUGAGGACGACUUGGCUGUUAAUGAGAACAAGGACUCAGCAGAUAAUGGGGAUAAGGAACACUUGCCUGAUAAUGAGAACGAGUUUCCUGAUAAUGAACACGAGGAGUUUUCAUACAAGAAGAAUGAGGAAUUUGCUUACGAGAAUGGGCAUUUUGCUGAUAAUGAGAACGAGUCCUCUGAAGACACUGAGAAUGAGGGAUUUGCUUGUAAUGGCAAAGGGGAUUCUGCUGAUAAUGAGGAUGAGUUUGAAGAUAAUGAGAAUGGGGAGUUCGCUUAUAAUGAGACUCAGGAGUUUUCUCAUAAGAAGAAUGAGGAACUUGCGCAUAACAACAAUAAGGAGUCAUUGCCUUUAUCGGGAACGGAUUUAAGGGUAGCUAAAAAAGAUGAGAGCUCACCAUCAAUGCAAGCAGAUAAGGUUGACAUCAACAGAAAUGGUGAUUCUAAUUUAGAAAGCUCAAGCACUGUCAACUUAGAGGCUAGGGUGGGCAAUGGUUCAAUUGUAUCUACUGAUAGGCCCAUGGAACAUCGCACCUCAUCAGAUACUUUUAUGUCUUCUCCUAGCGAACAACUAGAGCAACCUAAAGGAAGUGUUCACCAGGGGUUUGGUCAUUUGAGGUCUGUAGAGACUUCUGAAACUAUGGAAUUCAACCCCAGCUCUGAGCUCAGUGGUACACUUAGAGAUAUAUCCAAGUCCUCAACAAUUAAAAGUGCUCAUGCUUAUGAUGGCAGCAUCUCUUCUUAUGAUGGAAUUGAUGAUCAACUUCCCAACCCUCAUAUGCAUUCAUUUCAAGAUACUUGCAAGGCUUCACAUUUUGUUCCUUCUGAGGAAAGAUCUAGAAGGGAUAGAUUCCUGGUGAAUAACUUGAAGACACAAGAUUCUCAAAUGCCUUAUCAAGUCAGGAAUUCCUGGUCAGAUAAGAAGAAGCAUGUCCCGAAACAUAACAAGUGGAACCACGAUGAAUUUCUUGAACCUCCAAGACAUGGCCAUAAGGUUCGAAAUUGGACAAGAUUAGAAAGAGAUGAAUAUCAACCCAGGCCGGCUAUCCCUCAAGUAGGUCCCCGACCUGGCUAUGACAGUGGGAGUCUUUCCAGUCAAUUGUAUGAUGAGUUCCAUGGACGAAAUUCAGGAUUUCAAUCAUCUGACUUGUCCGAGGACCUUGAACAAGACAAGAUGAAACUAAUGAGGAUGAUCUUUGAACUGCAGGAUCAACUUAACAAAACCCUCUCUUUGCAUGAAAUGGGAAAUGAUGGGAUUUCAGUCGCCUCUAGGAUGCCAAGAUAUGUUCCCAGGUACCAUAAUUAUGAUACCUCUGAGGAGGAACAUUUUCACCAAUCCAACUAUCCAAGGUAUGGAAGAUAUGGGGCUCGAAGUAGCUAUUCCCAGCAGCAACAUAGACCCAUGCAGAUACCAUUUUCAGGUGAUGCAACGAGCAGCGGACACCAAGUUGAUCCUUCAUGUCUGCAUUGCCGUCCCCAAGACCUGCAUCAUCCAGCACACUUUCCUCCUCCAUUACCUUACAAUAACAACAAAAGAUAUAGGAUCCAUCCUGGUCAUAAUUAUGGCACAUCCUACAACUCUUGUCCAUCGAGCCCCCAAUAUUUUGUGGACUCUGAGUACCCACUGAGAAUACGCGAAGCACUGUCUGAUGAUCAGAGGCGAAAAAGUCACGAGGUGAAGAGCUAUUUGAGGGAGAAACCUCAUUUGGUUAAGCGACAUUUGCGUCCCAUUGCAGGUGGAGCACCUUUCAUCACUUGUUACAAGUGCUACAAGCUCCUGCAGCUACCUGCUGAUUUUCUCCUCUUUAAAAGGAGGAGCCAUCGGUUGAGGUGUGGUGGUUGUUCUCAGGUGCUUAAGUUUUCGCUCUGUGAAGGAUCAAGUAUUGUUCCAUACACAAUGAAUGCCAUGGAUCCUCCACCAAGUGAAGUUGGAGACUGCAGUGGUGCUAUUGAUACAAGGGAUUUGCCUUCAACAUCUCAAGCCAAUGAAUUUUUAUAUGCUGAUCCUGUGUCAUGUUCUGAUGACUAUGGACACUCCCAUUGCCAAAGCUGCUCAACUGAAGGAGAUCUUGUUUCCACCACCUUUCAUACUCACCAGGGUAGUAUAGAUGCCAAAAAAAUGCCAAACGGUUCUUAUGAUCCCACGAGAGGUAAACAGGAAUUGGUUUCCAUGAAGUCUCCGAACAAAUAUAAGAAGUCAUUGCUAAGAGGUGAACAUGCUGGACCUUCCUCCAGCAUAUCCAGAGUAGAGAAGUUUUCCUCCGAAAUUGAACAGCUUCCACCGAGGUCCGGUUCUCCACUUUAUAGACUCAUGGAUUAUUCUUCACCAAGUCAAGUAAUAUAUGGGUCUGAGCCAUCUCGUCGAAGGACAAAUCCAUACUCAAAAUUUUGAGAAACAGAACGGAGCCAGCCGAUGGAAUUGGGAGCAUAAACUUUGGAGAAGUUGGAAUUUCAUGAUGCAACUUUGGAUUUCGCACGUAUUGUAGUUAAGGUUUUUCUGUGACAAGGAGUCUUUCUUUCUGCCAUUUCUUUAUAUUCUGCUCGAGUGAUGUAUGGUAGAGUAAGUUUUAGAUGUAUAAAUCAAGUUUUUUCAUUCACAAAUGUAUAAAUUUUCCCAGUAGAUUCCCAUUUGAUUGAUUUGUUUGGUUGUGUAUAUUAUAUUAAUUUAAAAUAUACAUGAUAUAACUUUGAAAAUUACAUGGUUGGCAAUAAAGUUGUAAAAAGGGGUUUUAUUUCCCUUAUUUUCCAA